AUGCGCCUUCUUCCUGUGUCUGCCCCACGCGUCCCCCCCUCCGGCCCGUUCCACCCCAUUGAGAUGCAGCCCGGCAAGCUGGAGAAGCCUGUGUACGAAGUAACGGCCGUGCCGGAUAACGAAGGCCGCGUGGUGCAGCUUACCUGCCAACAUUAAUACCUCGCGCACGGUAGCCUUCUUCCUGUGCUCUGGCUAUUCCGCUAAUCUCUCUCUCAAAUCCUGCACUUUCUGUUCCGGCAAUGAGAUCGGCCCUGCUUCGGUAUCCACCAACCACCCUAACACCACAUGUUCCGUCCUCCAGUUUGUCAUCUUCUUUGUGGGCAGUAGUGGCUCCUCCUGCUCACCCCUCUCCCCUAAUAAUACAUGAAGGGUGGACGCAAGCCCCUUCGUCAACUCCAGACACCGCUCCCCCUGGUCUUCCCACUGCACUUCCACGCUAAUCGCAUCAUCCACGAAAAAUCGCACAAACGCCGGAUCAUUCUUCCCCCCCCCUACCGCCGGCUGCACCUUGCAUUGCGGUAGAAUCGGCACUAUCGCUUCCCCCGUUGGCGGAGCGAUCUUUACGUGUGCCGCUGGCCGUACCCCGCAAUGCGUUACCCGUACUGUGUCUCUCGUCGUCUGUCGGUGUACGUGUUCUAUCGCCGACGCCACCAACCCCCACCACCCAGGACUGCCCCGCCAUCCGAACUGCAACCGAAGGUCUACUACCAGGAAUUCCCCUACCACAUAUCCGAAAGCCGGCGCCCCUGCGGGGUUGGCGAAACGCGCUUUUCACGUCCAUUUUUUGCAACAAAAUCGUCCUCCUUGGACACCUAGCUCUCAGCCCCAGGAACCGUUCUAACACCUCCUUCAUUACAGUCGCCAUCCCGCACGCCGGAAUUUCUUCAAAAAAAGUGGUGGCAUUCACCGGCCGCCCUUCUCCCCCCGUUGCUUCCGCUGCUGGUAUAGUCAGAUCGUGCAUCACCCGAAGUUUCUCUUUCUCAUCCACCACCCCGACCGGGGACACGCGCAAACCUGGAAUUUUUCUGCAACUCCUCUCCUGAGCAGCAUCGCCCUGCCUGCUUCUACGUCCUCCACCACCUUCUGCCAAAUCGCUCCGUGCCAUUUUUGCGCGCUAGCAUGAUUUCCGUACGCUAACUCAUGCUUCAGGUCUCCCCCCGGUCCUACUGCGAUGGGUACCCCCACUACUGCAAGUUUUCCAGCACGUCUACGUGUUCAAAGCUCCCAAAACUUCUGGCAAUCUUUUUCGCGUCCAUAUGAGGCGCCAACAAACGUCCGCCCAGGCUCUGCACGACACGUCCGAUACCACCUCUGCUAGCACCUAUCAUCUCUUCCUUCGGGGGGG